GAUAAAGAUGUAUCGGGUUACACAUUUGUACUAGCAUUUAUUGCUCACAACAAUAUGUGAGGAACUCCUUUAGAAGUCUCAGCGGGUGCAUAGCUGAAGCGUGACAGGAGGCGCGAGCUAUAUCUGGACUCAGACAGCAAAAGGUCCUCAGUGAGCUAACGAACCCUUCUCUGCAGCUUUCUUCAAUAUCUGAAAUAGACCUUUCAGCAAAAAAUGGCAAAUGGAAAGCGUGGCAUUCCUCUGAGCACGGUAAGUUACGUGCAUUUAUCAGAUCUUUUGUGGUUUAUUAUGUCCUCCGGUGUUUUUCUGCUAUUUCUUGCGUUCAAAAAGUUUAAAGAAUGCAAUUAUUAAUUAUAAUUAUUGUUAUUGUAAUUUGCUGUAUUUUGUUAUAAAAAUCACUAUAAUAUUUUGCCUCAAAAUCAAAUUGAAUAUCCAUUAUUUAACUAGUAUAUACAAACAGCUAUGCCCUGGAAAAUAAUGUUGUUGAAUUUAUUUGGACUUAUUAAGAAAUGGCAAGUAUUAAUCACAAAAUUAUGAAGUAAAAAUUCAAAUGUACAGUAAUAUUUAAUACAUUUCUUUUUUUUUACAACUUUAAAAAAUCUGUGACGUAAUCGCAAGAUUCAUUUUAAAUACUAAACAAAACGCAUGCGAUGGGGGAAAAAAAACUUUUAGAUUAAAUUAUUAGCAUUUUUCCAGUCAGCAUCCUGUUUUCUUUACGCAGAUCAGUCCAAAAUUCCUUCAUGCUAAUUCCACGAGUCACACCUGGCCGUUCAGUGCUAUAGCUGAGCUUAUCGACAAUGCUUAUGACCCAGAUGUUCGCGCCAGACAGAUCUGGAUAGACUGGACGCGCAUCAGAGGACUCGACUGCCUCUCGUUCAUGGAUAACGGGGAGGGUUUGACCAGAGCCAGGCUACAUAAGAUGCUCAGUUGGCGUGUACGGCAAUGGGUUUAAAUCGGGGUCCAUGCGUCUGGGAAAAGAUGCCAUUGUUUUCACGAAGACCAGAGACACCAUGAGCGUGGGUCUCCUGUCUCAGUCUUACCUUGAGGCCGUCGGAGCACAGCGAGUCCUGGUGCCCAUGAUCACGUUCAGACGCGACGGACACAACCAUGCGGAGGACGGGGCCAGUCUGAGAGCGAUCCUCACACAUUCGCUCUUCAACUCGGAGAAAGAUCUUUUUGCCGAGCUUCGGGCCGUCAGCGCAGCCGGACCCACAGGAACACGCAUCAUCAUCUGGAACCUCCGCACGACUACAAACGGCAAGACUGAAUUCGACUUUGACACAGAUAAAUAUGACAUUCUGAUCAGGGCGGACAUCAGUGACAAGAGCAGCAUGACCCCAGAAAGUGAAUACUCUUUACGGGCAUACUGUAGCAUCUUGUACCUGAAGCCCCGCAUGCAGAUCAUUAUCCGAGGGCAAAGAGUAAAGAGUCAGCUCAUAUCCAAAAGUCUGGCUCAUAUUGCGCAGGACAACUACAGACCCUCAUUCCUUAACAAGCGUGUGCGCAUCACUUUUGGAUACAACACCAAAAGCAAAGAGCAUUAUGGGAUUAUGAUGUACCAUAAGAACAGGCUAAUAAAGCCAUAUGUGAAAGUGAGCUGCCAAUGUAAGGCCGAAAGAAAAGGUGUGGGCGUUAUUGGUGUUAUAGAGUGCAAUUUCCUUCAGCCCACUCACAACAAACAAGACUUUGAUGACACCGAUAAAUACAGGAAGAUCAUGCACAACCUCAGCAUAAAGCUGGAGGACUACUGGAACGAAAUCCGCUACAAACGAAAGAAAGAGGACCCGAAGUGCACAGUAGCAAUAGAGGAUGCGUUGAAAGUUCCAGAUCAAGUGUGGGUUCAGUGUGACAGCUGCCUGAAGUGGAGGAGGCUUCCAGAUGCCAUCACUGAGCUGCCGGAUAAAUGGUUCUGCAGCAUGAACUAUGACCCACAGUUCAGGAGCUGCUUGGUUGAGGAAGAACUAGAGGAUGAGGAGGAAGAUCAGAGGUCGUACCCUAAACCCUUCAAACGCCAGAGGAGAAAUACAAAGAGUCUCCUUGAGGAGAACGUUCCAGAUAGCACGCAGAGUCAAGAGCGACCAGCGUUAACAACCACUCAGGCACCCAGACAUCCACCAGCCUCUGUUAUGUCUGGACUGUCUUUAGCUGAGAAGUCUCCAUUGCCUCUCAUUAAUCUGACCGUUGUCUCCAACUCUCUAAAAAGAGCAAAGCAGAAGUUUUCCUCCAUAGAAGCACAGAUGGACGUGACACCAUUCUUUCCUGUCCUCUCUCCCACCCCUCCACAAGAGCGCUCUUCCUGGCCUGCUUUGAACGAGGAGAGAAAGCCUCUCACUCAAUCUGACACGCUCGUGAGCGAAGCCGCGUGCUGCAUGAUGGAACAAACUGAGUCGCAUCAGGGGCCCGCCCCAGCAGAAGAGACAUGUGAAAGAGAUGCAUCAUCUGGGACAGGGAGAGAAUACAGCUCAGCUGCAGAGCACAUAAUUGAAUUGCCCCUGAAAAAUGAGAAGAAAGGGGUGGUGCAUCAUGAAGGUCAUGUUGAUGAUGAAGAAGAGCAGAAGGAAGAAGAAUGUAACGUGGCUGAGGUGCAGCGGUGGCAGGAUGAGCUAAUGGAGCUGAUGAACGAGACGGCGGAGGAGAGAGAUGCCUGCCGUCGGGAACUAGAGGUGCUUAGAGAGCACAGCGCCGCCCUGGAGGACGAAAGAAACCAGCUCGUCAGCAGGCUGGAGAGUGUAGAAGAAGAGAAGAGCAGGCUUUCUGCCCUGUGCCAUCAGCUGAGGAGUCAACUGUCAGAGCUCAGGGAACACAGCCAGGGAGGAAAGGAAGAGAAAGACAACAGCUCCAAACUCAGGAUGCUGCGUCUAAACCUGAGUCGUCUGCUGGUGUCUUUCAUUCCCUCUCUUCAUCUUGAGCAUGUAGACUACAGCAGUGAUGUCAUAGAUACCAUUCUCACCCAGGUUCUAGAACACAUCACUCAGAAUGAAGUUAAUGCUAAGUCUUACUGACGGAGGAAAUCACUAAACAUUUGUAUAUACGUCUCUUGGGUUAGUUAAAAAAAUUAUUUUAUUGUUACAACUGGGUGAAAAAUUAAUUUAUAAUAUACUUUGCCAUAUAUCCAGAAGAAAUCACUGUAGGAACAGAAGCCUUCCUUUUGGUCAAUUUGUUUGCUGAUUUGUUUUUUUUUACUAGCAUAAGAGUUAUUUGAGCUAACGAAACCAAAUGUAUGAUAAAAUGUGUCAUUGUGAGAAGCUGUAUUUGCAUGCCUAGAAAAUAGCGCAAUCAAGAUGGCCGCCGAUUGAACCGACCUGCUCCAAUAAAGACUUAAUUUAUUCACAUUCAGCUACUAGGCGUUCAUUCAUCAUACAUUUAAUGAAAUUCUUUUCCACUGUGACCUCUACGUAUGCUUUCUUGCUCCUUACACGCAUAUCUUUCUCUUCCUAUCUUGCUUCUGACCUCAACGCAUACCCAUCUACCACUUAAACUGUCACUCACGCUAUUAAUCAAAUCUCCUUUUAAAGACAUCCUCCAAUAAAUACAUAAUAAAGGUACUCUGUGAACUCAGCAGUGACCUAUCGACUUACAUCCAUUUGAGCUGAAAGUAAAGCCUAUAGAUGUGACCCAAUCAUUAAAAGGCCUGUUUAUUUUUACCAUGA